GCCAGCUGUGCUGAGCCAAAGAGGAUGUUAGCUGACCUAGCAUUAGCUAGGUAGGAAUCUGAGUUGUGUAGUUCACGACCAUGGAACAAAGUUAGCAUUAUGACCGGUGGGAAAGUUUUAAGUUACAAACAAAAGGUAACGACCGUAAGCGUUGUAAACGUGUAACGUACCUAUUAUGGAAGUGAUUGUACAGUAAACAAGCAAGGUAGCUAGCUACUGUUACUCAUUUGGAGAUGUUCCUCGAUGAUAGAGAAACUAGCGUAGCUAACUAACGCGAAAUUAGCUUAGGUAGGCCUAAAAGGCGACCCCGUAGUUUCCUGCUUAGCAACCCAGACUAAGCCGCUGCAUCUGCACGGAGAGGGACACAUGCGUUGUUAGCGACUCGCAUAAUCAUGUCAUGUGAUGUGACCAUUAAAAUAAUAUCCCUUAAAUGUGUAUUAAAGGCAGCAAAAAAAAAGAUGUAGCUUGCUUGUUACGCCUUUAGGCACAUUGUAUGAAAUGCCUAACGUUUUUGCUAGCUUUAUUUAGUAGGAGGUUAGCUAACUAGUCAGUCAGGUGUAACAAGCUGACCCGUCUGCUUGCUGUUGCUUGAGAUGCAGAAAAUGAUUAAUGUACGCUGCCAAAUGUCCAUUUAACAUAAGGCAAGGCCUACUCUUCCAUCAUAGUUAAAUCACGUUAACAACAAUGUAGCUGGACUUUCAGAAUGAUUGCAGGCUGGGUUAUGCUUUAGAAAGGUUUAUUCAGUUAGGCCUAUUUUAUCAGUGUGUUCAGACUCCGAGCCUAUACCAUGGUAGAAAUCGUUAUGGUACUAGCGGUUAGUCUACAUACUGUGCCCUCAGGGCUUCAUUCACAUCACAGUGUACAUAUUAAUCAGUAAUCCACAACUGCCCAUGCAUAUAUAGUGUGACGGCAGUAGCUAAGCAGAGCUGGGACCGGGCAUUAAUGCAUAUAAACUAAAAAGUUAACAAAUACGAGUGUAAAUAAAAUACAUUUUCCUGUAAGCAGGGCACGCAUGCAUUGGAUGUCAUCAAAUCACAAACUGGUUGUUGUUGUCUCAGCGGAGCUCCCUCCCUGUUGUUUUUGCUGCAGGGCGUCUGGUGGAGAGGAUGAGUUGGGGCCGGGGAGCGAGGAGGAAAGCUGGCAGGCAGCAGCCCACCGAUGUGGAGGCCUUUGACCCGGAAGUGGUUGCAGAGGUCAGAGAACUCUUCAAUAAAGUCAGGACAUACGUCAAACCGGCCAAUGGGGAGUGGUAUAUCCCUGACCCCAGCGAAGCACUGAGACACUCGGCCCAGGACCACGUCCUCCUGCAGACCCUGAAGACGUCUCUAAAUGAGGUGAAGAACCGACUUAGCGAUAAGGAUCUGGAAGUCUGGCACCAGCAUACCAAUUCCACAAACCGUGCUGGGAAGGUCAUUGCUACUGUGCGAGCUGCCGCCAAUGCCGAGAUCUGCACUCAGGCCUGGUGCAAGUUCUAUGAGAUCCUGGGCACCUUCAACCUUCUGCCAGAGGAGGCGUUGGAGAGCGGUGAGCUGAACACUGUUCACCUGUGUGAGGCUCCAGGGGCCUUCAUCACCGCUCUGAACCACUACCUCAAAACCAGCGAGCACACGCGCUACUGUGACUGGAGUUGGGCAGCCAACACACUCAACCCCUACCACGAGGCCAACGGAGGCGGCACCACCAUCACAGACGACCGCCUCAUCGCCAACACGCUGCCCUGGUGGUUCUUUGGCUCAGACAAUACAGGAGACAUCAUGAGCCAGAAGCACCUGCUGGAGCUGCAGGGCUUUGUGGGUAACAUGCGCCGUAUUGACGUGGUGACGGCGGACGGGAGCUUUGACUGCCAGGGGAACCCUGAUGAGCAGGAGGCCCUGGUGGCGUCGCUGCACUACUGCGAGGCUGCGGCCGCACUCUUCCUUCUGGGCCCAGGUGGCUCGUUUGUACUGAAGAUGUUUACUAUGUAUGAGCACUCCUCCGUCUGCCUGCUCUACCUGUUAAACUGCUGCUUCCGCUCCGUCAGCAUCUUCAAACCGGCCACCAGCAAGGCAGGGAACUCUGAGGUGUACGUUGUCUGUCUGCACUACAAUGGUAAGGAGGCUGUGAGGCCCCUGCUGUCCAAGCUGAUCCGUCACUACGGGCCGGACCUGGCUGCCCGUGAGGCCCUGUUCCCCAGCCGGCUCCUCCCACAGUCGUUCCUGGCGCAACAUGAGCAGGCGUGCUCCUACUUCCAUGCCCUGCAGACAGGGACGAUUGGGGAAAACCUGAGAUUGUUUGAGGGCCUGAAUAAGAAGCAGAGGCAACGACUGGAAUACAUCAGGGACUGCACUGCUCAUGAGUACCUGCAGCGCUUCCAGGUAAGAGUGGCAAAUGUGCAAAGUUAAAGUAGAUAGCGAAGCCUAUAGCUCGAUAAAAGUUUGCUGAUGCCCUUUGACCAUAGUUAGACAUUAUAUAAAGUGCUAGGAUAAUUAUCUACAAUUUCAGAAUAAUUAUUGAUGAGUAUAAUAUGAGAUAUUCAGUGACAGAUGGCCAUAUCCUGGAUUUUUUUUGUGUGGAUCUUUCAUUUAGUAUCAGUGAAUUGUUAAAUACAAAUACAAAGUUCUGCAUAAAAAUGUUCAAGCCAGGCUUUCCUGUUCCUGUGUGUAGGUGAGUUCUCUGCCGCGGGCCCGCUGGUUGUCUCGUAACACAGUGGCCCCAGCGUGUUGCAGCGUUACGGGUCGGAGGCCCCUGGGCCAGAAGAAUCAGAUGGGCUCCUUUAACCAGCGGAGGGAGCUGCAGGCCCUGGGCUGGAAGGAGCGUGUUGGGAAGGGCAGCUAUGCUGCCUGGGUGGAAGGGCACUGCCCCGAGGACACGGGGACAGGCUGUGUGCUGGCAGGGCCGCUGGAAGAAUGCCACAUGGACACCUGGUUUGUGGUAGUGGGGGCGGCCCUCCCUGCAGUCAGGAACUCACCAUUCUGUGAUGGGGGUCUGUUGAACCACCUCAAUGAAGCCUUGGAGCAGGCUGCCCUAGGCUCAGGCAUCGAUGGGUCAGCUGCCUGGACUCUGGUCCCUCCCUGUAGCUCCUGCCCAAUGGUUGGUACCACCUCCAUCCUCUCAGAGGUGGCAGCCCUAUGUGACAUCACUCCCUGCAAUGGCGAGGGAAACAGAAAGUGCCUAGUCUUUGGCAGAGCGUCGUGGUGGGGGGAUUGUGAGGAGCAGGCUGGGGGGUUGGCGCUGGAGUUCUAUUCGAAGCCCUCGUUCCCACCUACGGGCUGCACUACUCUGCAUGACGGGGAGCCGCAGUAUCAGAGAGACCUGCUGGACUGCGUCCUGCUCUCCCUGCACCGCAUGGGACCCGGCAACGCCCUCAUCCUGCCCCUCCUCUCCGCCUUCACCCGCGUAACCGCGGCAACCGUCCUUUGCCUCCACCUGUCCUUCCGCUCCGUCACCUUCAGGUGUCCUUCUCCUCCAGGUGCUGCGGGGGCGGUGCUGGUAUGUGUGGGGUUCUGUCCAGAGGCUGCCGCUCGACUCCUUCCCCACCUCAGUGACCUGCAGGAGCGUAUGGGCUGCCCUGCCAGGGAUGAGGAGGACACUGACAGUCUGCCUCUUGGUGGCCAGAGACAGCUACUGCAGUUUGUUCCCAUGGAGGAGCUGCUCAAAGGAAAGCUGGCAGAGUUCCUGUGGACCAUGAACUCUGCCAUCGCCCGUCAACGGCUGCACCUGCUCAUGCAGGCUUAG